GCAGGUGAGCAGCUGGGCGUGUGCGGGGGGCACCAGGCUGUAGAUCCCGGGGAGGGAGUGGGCUCAUCAUGGCGAACGUGGCGGCCGCUCUGACCUGUGCACUGGCCCUCCUCACAGUGUUUUCAGCUGCCCAGGCACGAAAAGGGUUCUGGGACUACUUCAGCCAGAGCAGUGGGAACAAAGGCAGAGCGGAGCAGACUCAACAGCAGAAACUGGCCCUGGAGUCCCCCAGCCUGAAGGACAGCCUGGAGCAAGACCUCAGCACUAUGGCUAUGGAUACGUUGCUGGAAAAGCUGGGUCCUCUGGGAGGGCAGGGCAGGGAGUCUCCGGGGCUCCCCCACGACCCCGCAGCCGUCAGGCAGCGGCUGCAGGAGGAGCUGCAGGAGGUGAGGACGCGCCUGGAGCCCUACAUGGCCGAGGUGCACGAGCGCGUGGGCUGGCAGCUGGAGGGCCUGCGGCGGCAGCUGCUGCCUUACACCGUGGAGCUGAUGGAGCAGGUGGCCCUGCGCGUCCAGGAGCUGCAGGAACAGCUGCGCCUGCUGGGAGACGACGCCCAGGCCCGGCUGCGGGAGCUGCCCGGCCGCGUGGUCGCGCACACGGGCCGCGUGCAGGAGCUCGUGCACCCGUACGCCGAGCGCCUGGUGAGCGGCAUCGGGCGCCACGUGCAGGAGCUGCAGCGCAGCGUGGCCCCGCACGCCGCCCACGCCAGCCCCGCGCGCCUCGGCCGCUGCGUGCAGGCGCUGUCCCGCAAGCUCACGCGCGAGGCCCAGGCGCUGCACGCGCGCAUCCGGCGCAACCUGGAGCAGCUGCGCCUCGAGCUGGGCGCCGUCGCGGGCGCCGCCGACCGCGACCCGCAGGAGCUGUCCGACGAGGUGCGCCGGCAGCUGCAGGCUUUCCGCAGCGACACCUUCCUGCAGGUCGCCGCCUUCACCCGCGCCCUGGACCGGGAGACCGCGCAGGUGCAGCAGCAGCUGGCGCCGCCCCCGCCGGGCCACCAGGCCUUCGCCCCCGACUUCCCCGCGGGAGACGGCGACAAGGCGCGGCGGGAACUGCAGGCGCGCCUGGACGACCUGUGGGAGGACAUCAGCUACGGCCUGGAGGACCGGCUCCUCCCACCGGGGGAGCCCUGAGGGGUCCCUAGCCCAGGCUCACUUCCCAGCUCCUUGGGUGGGAGGGGGUGGUGUGUGGGUGGCACCCAGGGCCCCUAGCUCAGUCCUUGACAGUGGCUUGCUGGGCAGAGGGUGGAGGGGCCCUGCGCAGGAGAGACGAGGCCACCCAGGGACUGUUGUCCCCGGGCAGCGCCGGCCUCUUGCCCCUGUCCACAUCCAGACGCAUCACACGCUGCAGGCCUCUGCAAACCCGCCUUCCCGUGCUCACUUGGGAGCGCUCAGGAGGAGCCCCGCCCCGCUUCUGGGGCGCUGUGCGGUGCCGGGAGUGAGAGGGGGACAGGCACCCUCCUUUUGAGCCCUGUGUGUACCAGUCCCGUUGCCAUGGUGCCGGUAACUGGGGGUGGGCCUCUGCAUGGCAUGGGGUUUGCCGCAGCCCAGUCUCUUGUGGCCACCUGGUGGCCGCUGCAAGCAGUCAGCUGACCCUCCAAGACCGGGUCUGGUCUUCCCAUCCCUGCCUGGUUGGAGGAGGAAAAGGGAGAAAGAGGGAAAAUAAUGCGAGGAAAGCGUGUGAUGAUGAUGAUAAUGAUGUGAUGUGAUGUGAUGUGAUGUGAUGUGAUGUGUGUGUUUCUCCUUGCUGGGGGCUGGGCUGUGAGAAUCUCCCUGGCUGGAAUUGCCAGCUCUAGACUGAAGGUGCUUCCCUAGUGCCCUUGGGGGACCCUGCUGUGUCUCUCCAGCUCUGCCCUCCCCCCCCCUCGUGUUCUGGGGGCAAAGCUAGACUUGGAAGCAAAGGAAAUAGAUGCUUACAACGA